UUGUCAGAUACCAAAGACUGUCUUAGCAACUAACAAAAAAAAAAAAAAAAAAAAAAAAAGAAGAAGAAGAAGGAAACCAUACGGCAUUGACUUGACCUCAAAGAGCUGUAGUGUAGACCCCAAUUUCUUCCUUUCUUUUUCUUGAAGUCUUCUUCUCCUUCUUUGCCAUGUAAUUUCUUUACAGUUUCCUCAAACACAAAUUUCACCAUAAAAAACUCUUACUUUAUUGACCUGACCUCUCUUAAUGUUAAAUAGCAAAGGAAGUGAGAAAACUUGAGUAUAAAAUCCCACAGUUUCAUUAUUGAUUUCUCUGGUCACAUAUGGCAAAACUUAGAGUUACCAUCACCGGGGAUGGCUCAAGCAAGGUGGUGAAGAUGGGAGAUGAUGCCAUGGGUGGCCAUAGAAGAAUGAAUGGAAACAGAAGAUUCUUACAAGACAAACCCUGGAGAAAUGUUGGUAACAGAAGGCGACAAAUCAAUGGUGUCCAGUGGAGAUCUAAUGGCUUUAAAGGACAAGGUUCUUGGAUUACCGGAAAAGACCUCCGAUUUAAACUGAUGCGCAAACGUGGACCUUUUCAGUAUCGGGAUACUUUUGAAGAUUAUCGGAGGAACAUGGAAAAACCGUCAAAUCAUAUUCAGCCACCACAAAAUCGUAACAAGCAUAUGUCUGAAACAGGACCUAACAGAAUAAACAAUCUGAAUCAAAUCUCUCACAAUGGCAUUACGGAAGUUUUCCAAAUAUACUCCUUGCAAACUAUAGAUGGAUCUAGAGGUUUUCCCGAGAUGCCGAAAAUAAUACCGACUUCACUUCCAAGGAAUGAACUGUUUCCAAGCAAUGGAAUUUUCAAUCCUUCAAGUGAGUUCGGUCUGAUGCCUGGUAGAGGAAAAGCUAUAACUUCAAUACCAAUCAGUCAUGCAGCACCAAUAAGCAGCAUAAUGCAGAGAAAGCCACGUGUUGAUGAGGAACCUUUCACUGUUGUUGCCUUGUUGAACUCACUCGGUUUGGGGAAAUAUGCCAUUCAUUUUACGGCUGAAGAAGUGGAUAUAACUGCAUUAAGGCAAAUGGGAGACAGAGACCUCAAAGAGCUGGGGAUACCAAUGGCUAAAGGUCUUGAAUGGAACUCUUUGAUAUUAGACUUGGCAAGAGAUGUCAAUUUUGGGACUCGAUUUAGCUGUUGGCAUUGGAAGUUCUGAGUUACUAUCAGCUGUAAAAGUUCGGAAAUCAUUUGGGGAAAGUGAUGACUCAUAAAUAUUCUAAUAUUAAAAGGACAUUUUUUAUAUAAUCCCAUCAUAUGAAUUGAGAUCCUAAUCAUUUUCAUUGCAAUCUUGCAUUCCAAAAGAUUAAAUUAUUUGUUUUGAUGAAGUUUUAGUUGAUUUUUGCAGGGACCAAGAAAGAAACUUUUGCUUGCUCUUAGGCCCCAUUCAAGGCGGCAUCUUCCACACAUCAUUAGACUUUAACUUGCUGUUUAAACUGAUGGGAGCUCUUAAAUAUAUGUUAAGUUUCAGAAUCUUAGAUUAUAAAGCUAAUAGGUUAUAUUUUCAUUUGAAAGAUUAUAAUGGAUAAAUUUCUCCUUGGGCUGGCAAA